AUGCACACUGCUAAAGCUGACACCACUGCUAAAGCUGACAACACUGCUACAGCUGACAUCACUGCUACAGCUGAAAACACUGCUACAGCUGACAACACUGCUACAGCUGACAACACUGCUACAGCUGACAACACUGCUACAGCUGACAACACUGCUACAGCUGACAACACUGCUACAGCUGACAACACUGCUACAGCUGACAACACUGCUACAGCUGACAACACUGCUUCAGCUGACAACACUGCUACAGCUGACAACAUUGCUACAACUGACAACACUCCUACAGCUGACAACACUGCUACAGCUGACAACACUGCUACAGCUGACAAAACUCCUACAACUGACAACACUGCUACAGCUGACUGA